AUGGAGGAAGUCAAGGGCUGGAACAGAUUAUUCAAGGAUGAACGUACCAUGGGUAAUCUCCAGUAUUUUCCACCAAAAAAGGAAGGGGGUCAGACUUUCAUUUACCCGCCAGAUGAUAUUGUGGAAGAAGGCAUUUCCAAAUGGAGAUCAAGCCUGGUGGGUCAAUUCAUGGAUAAGUCCUUGCCUUAUUUCCUGGUGAAGAAGGCAGUGACUGGUAUGUGGAGUCAAUUUGGUGAUGUUGAAGUGUUCUCUUUGGAAAAUGGAAUGUAUAUCUUCCGGUUUCAAGAUGAAGCAACUUGUGAUGAGAUUAUGGAGUCCAGAUUGUGGCAUAUCUCUAACAAACCUUUGAUUCUCAGGAAGUGGAAACCAGGUAUGCAGAUCCUAAAACUUGCUUUGUCUUCUGUUCCUGUGUGGGUUAAGUUUCUGCAUUUACCCAUGGAAUUCUGGACUCCUAAUGGUCUUAGCUAUGUGGCUAGUGGUGUUGGAGUUCCUCUCUAUGCUGAUAAAGUUACUAAGGAACAGAAAAGGUUAGGAUUUGCUAGGGUAUUGGUUGAACUUGAUGUUAAUUCAGAUUGCCCUAAAGAAAUGACUAUAUGUAGAGCUAAUGGUGAUUCUGUCACUGUGGGGGUAAUUUAUCCUUGGUUACCUCCAAAGUGUUCUAGUUGUAAGGCUUUUGGUCAUGCGGUUUUUGCUUGUAAGAAGCAAGACAAGAAGGUGUGGAUUCCUAAACAGCCUAAAACUCCUAAGAGGAAGACUAGCCCUGUGGGUAAGCAGGCUAUGCCAUUUGAUAGAACUAUUAGGAAGCCAGUGGGGGUUUCUAAGACUAAAACCAAUGCAGAGGGGCUUAGGCUCUCUAAUUCAUUUGAUGGUUUAAGUGGGGAUGAGGAGAUGGUGGGGGUGGAGAAGCCUAGAUCCCCAACCACUUUUCUCCAAGUUUUUGAAAAGGUCCUGUUGAGUAACGGGAAGGGGAAGAUGGAAGGUAACCCUGGGAUGGAGGGUUUUUCUCCUACUGGUGGGUUAUGA